UACAACAAGUGCUGAAUUUGGGAUCAGCGAUGGCAGUUCCUUUUUCGUGAGUCUCGCUUGUGAUUGGUUGAUUCGUUUCUUGUUAUCGGACAACAAGUUUUGUUGUUACUGACUUUACUUGCGCGCUGAAACUUCCAAUUUAAAUUAUUUGAAAGUGCCGAAUUUAAUGGCAAUAUGAAUAAUGGGACUAAUUAUCUCUCAUGUAUUAAAGUCACUACAAUAAUCCAAAUGUAUAAAUGUUUUUCGGAUAUUUCUUCAAAUAUUGGAAACAAAGGGAAAUAGGAAGGCCGAAGAGAUAAAAUCACGUAUUAUGGAUUUUGCCACAGAACAACGCAAUUUAAUUGCAGCAGCUAACAAAGCUUUUGGUGAAGGAAAAUGGAAUUACACUGUUGUCAGUCAGACAUUAGAUUAUGUUGAGACAUUAGCUGACAGAUGUUGUGUUGGAUGUGUCAGUUUUGUUCAAGUUCAGUUAGAUGACGGAUCAUCCCAUCAGGAUAUAGGCUAUCACAGUGCAGAAGAAUCUACAAAAGGCUUGUCAUUUCACAAUGCAAGAAUUGGUUCUGCAGUACAUGCUCUAAAAAGAGUUUUGUUAUCUUUUGGAGAUAAGUUUUCAAAAGAGUUAGAGAAAAAGGACCAAGUGCAAUUUGUAUUAAUUCCUGAAAAAGUAAAUAAUAUACAGAAGACAAAUGUAUUACAGAAAAAUACACUACAAUUGAAAACAAAGCUAUCUCAAUCACCAGAUAAACAAAUUCAGAUAAAAGAUAUUCCAGUUCAAAUUUCUGGUCCAGUUUCUCGUCCUGUUAUUCAUCUGCUACAUGAAAACUCUGAACCGACUGCUACAGUAGCAGAUACUCUAGUGCUAUCUGCUCGAAAUAAUGGAACCACUGAUGUCAAGCACCAACCAGCAUUCGUAAAACCUCAAACAUCUAAACUAAUUGUCAAUUCACCUUUAACAGCAUCAGGUCAGAAACAAGUACUAUUAUUAGUAACAAAUAACAAAACUGAGAUCAAAACUGAGAUUAAAACUGAGCCAAAAUCAAAACAAGAAUUAUCUGUAGAAGAGGUGCAACGACUAGAAAGAAAAAGAAAACAACAUGAAAAACAAAUGGAAUUUAAAAAACGCAUGAUGGAAAAAGAGAAAGAUAAACAAGUAAUAACAUCUAGUGAUAACAUAUCUAUUGAUAACAAACCGAUGUCCAAUAAUGACAGUAAAUCCAAGGAAAUCAAAUCUUAAACUUAUAUUUAUAUAAAUGCUUUUUAGUUUAGUAAUACGUUUUUGAACAGUAGCUUGUUACUAAGUUUAGCUCAUACACAUUAUCAUAUCUACACUGAGUUUGCAAAGGCAAGUUUAAAAAAAUGUUAUUGCAGAAGUUAAUUUGAUUUACAAGCGCUAAUUGCAAUUAGAUUUGUUUUUUAGAUCAACUUGUAAAGGUGAUCAUCUUAU